AUGGAGCUGGCAAAGGUGUAUAAGCAUGAAGUUGGUGAAAAUGUGGGAGAAUGGUUAUUGCGCAUGUGGGAUGGAGGAGCUGACAGUGUGCAGUUGAAUGCAAGGGAAGCAUUAUGUAUGGGGCAGCUGACGCUGCAUCCACAGCUCAUGCAGGUAUUACGGAGGGUGAGGGAGAUUGGAGGUAAUUUUUCAUUAUUUGAUAUGGUGCAGCAUGCCAUAAUUGUGGCCUUCCCAUCUAGCAAUGACAUUGAGCCCAUUUCACCCUGGUCAAAACCGAGGGAUGCUAUUACCCGCAUUAGAGUUAUGGGUUGUGUGGUGGGAUUAAACAAGGAUAACUGGGAAGGUCCAGACAUGGAGGAAUUCACAGCCAGAAUGCGGUCUCGGUUUUUAAAAAGUGCACCCAUGGAAAUGAAGGCAUCUUUAUUGUCUUUGCUGGGCAGUUUGGGGAAUAAUGUAAAGGUACAUCAGCGCACCACUUAUUUAGCUGAAAUUGGAGAAUUAGAGUCAGAAUCUAACCCUAGGAAAGGUGUGUUUGCCGCUAACAGGACGAGGGAGGAGAUGGUGGAACCAAUAGAGGGAGAAAAGCAGGGAAAGUUUAGGAAUAAAACAAGGCUGUGA